AUGGAGGAAAUUCAAGGACUAAGUGAAGAAAAAAUGCUCAGAAUUAAGAGGAUUGAAUCUAAACAAGUUUCUUUACAAGAAUUAUAUUCAUGGCUUAUGGAACCAAUAAACGUCAUUUCUACUAACGAGCUUAAGUAUUUUGACACAGUUUUAAAUACAUUUGUUGAACACCCAGAAGGAGAGAUAUUAAAAUUAAUCAAUCAUAUUUUAAAUGAAUUAUACAAAAAACCACCUACAGUGUCAUUGACAUCUGAGUUUAUGUCAAUAGCUGCUACAACAACUGACUUAUUUAUUCAAUUUGUUGGAGAAAAUAAAGGUGAAUUAACACAUGUAUUAGAUACAAUGAUUCAUGCCACUUCAAAAUUUCUCCGUGACUCAUUUAUUGAAUCAUUACAAACAUUAUUUUCUAAGGGGGUUACUGAAACUACCGUAUUUAUUGAACACUAUUUUAUAAGUAACUUUAAAAAUGCAAUUGUUCAACAAAUUGUUCCAAGUCUUCCUAACAACUCAUUAACGUUAGGAAAAGAAUAUUCUGAUAUUGCUAAAACAUUGAUAGUUAACAAUUUAUCAAAUGAAUUUAUUCCAAUGUCAUUAAUUGAUUUUUAUGGAGAGCAUUGUGAAAAUGUUGAUGAAGAAUUUAUUAGUAAAAUUAAUGAUGCAUUAUUUUCAGUUCCAUCUCCUGAACAUAUGGAGUUACCAAUUGUACAAAGUGAUUCAGUAAGAGCUGCUUUAAUGAAAUUAUUACAAAAAAUAUUUUUAAAAGAAUGUGCUGCACCGGAAUUAAUUAAAAUAUGCAUUAAUCAUAUUAAAGAUAUUGAAAUGAAACGAGUAAAUGGAGCAACAUUUAAGAAACAACCGUUUGUUGGAUUAGAAAAUUUAGGGUGUACAUGUUAUAUUAAUUCAUUAACACAACAAUUAUACAUGAAUCCAUAUUUUAGAAAUAGUAUUAUGAAUGUAAAAGCAACAGAUGAUACCCCUUAUAUUAAAAUAUAUCAAAAACUAUUUACUGAAUUACAUGAAACAAAAGUAAGAUAUAUAAAUACAGAAGAAUAUGUUUCUUCAUUAAAAGGAGAAGAUGGAAAAGAAUUAAAUCCAUAUGUUCAAAUGGAUACUCAUGAAUUUUUAUCAUCAACAUUAGAUACUAUUGAAAAAGAACUUAAAAGUAUUGAAGGACAAGAAAAUAUUAUUGACAAAUGUUUUUCAGGAACAUUGGUUAAUCAAAUUGUUUCAAAAGAAUGUGAACACAUUAGUGAACAUGAAGAAAAAACAAUUUGUGAACAAAUGAAUAUUGUUGUUUUUGGAGAAAAGAAUAAAACAAGUUUAGCUGAAAGUUUACAAUCACUUGUUAAUGGGGAUGAGUUAACUGGAGAAAAUAAAUAUUUUUGUGAAAAAUGUCAAAAAAAAGUUGAUGCCAUUAGAAGAACUUGUAUUAAAACACCACCAAAUACUUUAAUUCUUCAUUUAAAACGAUUUGAAUUUGAUUAUGAAACAUUACAAAGAAUUAAAAUUAAUGAUAGAUAUGAAUUUCCAAGAGAGUUAGAUUUAUAUCCAUAUUGUAUUGAACAUAUUAAUCAUCCAGAGAAAAAAGAUGAAAAUGGAGAAUAUAAAUUUAAAUUAGUUGGAGUUUUAGUUCAUCUUGGAACAUUAGAUAGUGGACAUUAUUAUUCUUAUAUUAAAGACCAAGAAACUGGAGAUGAAUGGUUUUCAUUUAAUGAUGAUUUAAUUGAUAAAUUUGAUAUAAACACAUUAGAAGAAUCAUGUUUUGGAGGUGGACAAUAUAGUAAACAUUAUUCUGCAUAUAUUUUAUUUUAUCAAAAAGAAAAACCAAUAAUGGACAUCCCACCUGUAAAAUAUCUUGAUGAUGUUAAAAACGAUGUUAUUAAAAACAAUUUAAAUCUUAUAAGUAAUUCUGUUAUAUUAUCUAAUACUGGAAUGUCUGAUUAUUUAAUUCAACAAAUGCAAUAUGUUAAUGGAGAAGAAUUAACUGAAUUUAAAGAUACUACUGUUCUUUCAAACAAAAUGGAAGAAGAGUCUAAUAAACAACAAGAAAGAGUUGAUAAACUUAAGAAAAUGGAUGGAGAAAGAAAAUAUAUAGAUGAAAGUCUUAUCAAAGACUUAGCAAAAACUUGUAUACAUUAUCAAUUAACACAUGAAACAAUGUUAUAUGGGUAUUCAAGAACUGAUCUAUUUCAAAAUGAAUUAGUAACAUUAUUAUCUAAACAUCAAAGUAUUAUCGAUGAAAUAUUAACCGAAGAAAUUACUGGAGAAACCGAUGAUGAUUUAUUACAAAAAACAAAAAUGUAUAUUACUAGUGUUAAUGCAUCAUUAACAACAAUUAAUUUCUUUGUCCGUAUGUUUGCAAAUGGAAAUAAAGACCUUUUAACAAAAUAUGCUACUUUAUUAAUUAAAUUUUUUUCUAAGUCUCAAAGAGUUGGAUCUUCCUUUCGCUGUUUAUGUCACUACAUUAGGUUGUUUUGUGAAAACCCAUUGUGCAGUGACAUAUUUACAAAACAAAUUGCUAGUGGUGUUGGUUUUAUCAUGUGUUAUACUACUCUUAGCGUUUAUUCUAGUCAAGUAAAAAAAUUACCUGAUUAUAGUAAUUUGUAUAUUCUUUUUAUGAAGUCAUUAGCACAAAAUAGUCAAACACUAAAUAAAACUAUACAAAACCAAGUUACUUCUAUUAAAUUUAAAAAAGAAACAUUAAAUUGGAUUGAAAAAUGUAAAGUUUCAGUUGAUGAUUUACCAUUGGCUAAUGCACUAACUGAACUUAUUAUUAAAACAGAACCAAAUAUUAGAGAAUCUAUUAUCAAUUUUGUUAAAGAUAUUCAAGAUUCACAAAAUCCAUUAGAACCAGUUUUAUCAAUGACAUAUAGUGAAUUAACUAAGUAUAUUAAAUUUAGUAAUGAAACUGAAGUUCAACUUUUUUAUAAUUGUCUUAUUAACGAAGUACAUGGCUAUCACUUCCCUUCAGAAAAUAUUUGUAUUUCAAAUAUUAUUAAAAAUUCAAUUCUUGUUAAUUUACAUGUCAAAUCAACUGUACGACAAAUAUUAAUUCAAUUUAUUCAAAAUAAUGAAAAGGAAGUAUAUAGGUAUGAUUAUUAUAUUCAAUUAUGGCAAUUAUUAAUUAUUCCAAAACUCCUUUUAGAACCAAAUUUAUUCAAAUUCUUAUACUUUAAUAAAAAAAAUUAUUGUUCAAAAUUGCGUUAUAGUGUUCUUACUCUUGAUAGUGCAUUAAGCUCUACUCAAUAUAUAGAAGAAGAUUUAAUAAAAAAUUUAAUUAAUUUAUAUCAAAUUAUUUUAUCAUUAAAUAAUACACCAAAACCUGAUUACAACUUACACUCAUUAUCUAUUCUUACUUAUCAUUUAGCUCAAAAACGACCAGAUUUAUUUAAUAUUUCUAUUUUAUUAAAAUAUUCAUAUCCAAAUUAUAUUGAAACACAAAUAGAAAAUAAGAAAAUUAAUAAAGAAAUUUAUCAAAAUCAAUCAGAAAUUUUAAAAUAUGUUAUUACCUAUAUUUGUGAACAUAAACGAGAAGACCUUAUUAAAGUUAUAAAAGAUAAAUCAUUUGAUUCAUUAAUGAAUGAAUUACUAACUAAUUCAACAUAUGAUGAUGAAAGUACAAAUUAUUUAAUUAAUAUGAUAUUUUCUAAUAAUGAAGAAGAAGUAUUAUUUGAUUUUAUUGAACAUUUUACUAUUGCAUCAUUAGUGCCUAUAAAAGAACGUGUUGAACUGAUGGUCAAUUUAAUAUUUAAAGAUGAUGAAAGUAUUAAACGAUUUGGUAAUAAACAUUCUAUCAACAAAUUAAUUUUAUUAUGUAGUCAAAAAGUUUGUAUGCCACAAAUCCUUAAAAUACUUAUUCCUUAUUUACCAAUUCAAAAAGAAUCUUUAAGUAUUUGUAGAGAUAUAUUAGAUAAAUUUACUAAUCCAAAUAAAGAAAACAUUCAUAUAAUCAAAAGUUUACUCAUUAAAAUUAAUAAUAUUCUUGAAACAGUUGAUAAAAAUACAAAUUCGAUUACGUACUUUACUGCUUUUAUUACUAGUACAAUUAUUAAAGUAUCUAAAACCGAAAAGUUUAAGGAAAUUGAAGAAGAAGUAUUUAAACUAUUAACAAAUUUUGAAAAUAAAGAUGGAAACUUCCAACAACUAGUUGCUUUAUUACUCAUUUCAGUAUCCUUUAUUAAAGAAGACUUUUUAAAAGUACUUCAUUUCUUAUUAGUUAAAAAGAAAUUACCAACUAAACCAGAAAAUGCUGAAGCUAUUGGUAAUAUUAUUUGUGAAAAUCCAGAAAAUAUUAUAUUAAGAAAUGAAAUUGUUGAGUAUAUCAACUCCAAUAAUAAAUCUAUUUAA